AUCAACUAGUCCUUGUAGGACUAUUGUUAGACUGCAGAGGCAUGGCAUCCGACACGUGGCCAGCACGUGCUCCUACACGAUAAAUAAGGCCCUCCAUCUGCAGUCCCGAUCAGGUUUUCUUCCUAACAAAACUCACCCCGAGACGAUGCACCGAUGGCCGCCAACCAAGUCCUCUCCGUGCCAGAACUUCUAGAGGGCAUCCUAGCCAACCUCCCAGUCCGCAGCUUGCUGCUCAUGCAACGCACCAGUCGGCAGUGGAACGAAGUCAUUACGCACUCUCCGGUGCUGCAGCAGAAGCUGUUCUUCCAGCCCGCCCGGACAUGUCCACAGCCGCAAGAAAACCUGGCCGUGGAGGUAAAUCCGCUCAUCCAGGAAAUUUUCCCUCCGUUUAUAGACGACCUCAAAACUCUCAAUUACGGCAAUCUGGACGACGUGGAAGACGACCUCUGCCUGGUGGAGAGCCGUCCGCCCUACAAAGACGGCGUGGAGAUCCUGUGCCAACAGCAAUGGUACAAGUCUGAGACGAAACGAAAGGCCGUUCUGCGGCCGGACGCAUCCUGGCGCCGCAUGUUUCCUUCACACCCUCCGCCGCGAGUGGGGAAGUUCGAGAUCAAUUUAUCCGGCUGCGGCUGUGGCGAUGAUAUGUUGGAGGCCGAGCUCGUGGACCAGCAGAGUCCAUGCCCACGAAUGGGCUUGAUUUGGGAUUCUGUAGCUUUUAUACUGGAUGACCUUCCUGGCUCUGGAUUUACCAUUUCCUGGUGGCGUCGGAGGCCCAGAGACACCGCCGAUGACGAGGAGCUGAGGAGAAAUUGGGUCCUGGAGCUACUCGUCGAAACACAGCACACUUGGGAGUGUUACAAGGCCCAUGAAGCAUAUGUGCCCUCGGGCUUAAGGGUGGCCGAUUACGACAACCUCAUUUCGUACAAACGAGUUGAUCGAGACGAAAGAUCUCUUACGGAAGGGGAGGCUCCUCCAUUGAGUGUGUUAACACGAGCGCAGAACGAGCAAUAAUACAACAAGUCUCUUGCUACUGCUCGAAUUAAUGAAUCCAUCAACACUUGUUUUCCUUGUCCUUCUUCUGUUUUUCGACUAGUUCCUCAGUAGUCCUUUUAGUGUCGUCAUGAAUCCGUUUAAAGGUACUUUGGACGAAAUGAUGAGUUCUCGCAGAUUCAGCGUAAGGAACUGCAGGAUUACUCCCAUCCUUGCCCAUGUUAUCGACCUAGUAUUGAUUUAUUGGAGUUAGCAGGCUGCAACAAGUUGCCAGCGAGAGUUAGGUAUAGGAACUUUGAACCCACCCAGUGUUUAAAACUGCGACCAUCCUUAAAAUUGUUUGGCUCGGCCUUGAGGAUCGCUUUGUUUUC